AUGGCGAACAAAGCUUCAGCUGGAGGAAUUGUGAUGGUUUGGAUCACAUUAGCCAGAGGAAUUCGACUGGGAAUGGUCAUGGGAUGGACGAUCGAUUCCAAGGGGUCGGCCCCGUCAUUUCGGAUCCCAGGGGCCGGCUCCGUCAAACAAGAGAAUUGGUGGAACAAGUCAAUUCAAAAAGGAGGAGCCAUGGAGGAGAGAGCAAAUAACGAAGGAAGAAAAAAGGGCAUCCUCUGCGAUAAAGGAGGAAAAGAAAAAACCCUUUUGUAUUUGAGAAGAUUUUGGGUUCAGAGUUGA